UCGGCUAUUGUGCAGUGAUGAUGUGAUAAUUUAUUGCGGAAUUAAUGGCGAAGUUUGGAUUUUGAUUUCUGGUGGAUUUUGCAAUCUGGUUUAGGGGGAAUAUGAUGAUUGCGAUUGGUAAAUUGACACACGCAAUUAGACUUCAGUUAAUUAAUAAUCAGUGUCGAAGAGUCACCAGUUUUUCUAGUGUCAUGUCGAAAUUUGAUGUACCCAGUCGCUAUAAAGAUGAGAAAUCCGUCUGGGUGGAAUAUAUUGGUCUGGCCUUGGAGUACAAACCCUUGAACUUGGGCCAAGGAUUUCCGGAUUUUCAUGCACCAGAACACGUGACAACGGCUCUAGCAAAAACAGUUACCAGUGAAAAUCCUCUUUUGAAUCAAUACACGAGAGGUUUUGGACAUCCGAGAUUGGUGAAUGCCUUAGGAAAAUUGUAUUCAAAAUUAUUGAAUAGAAAUCUUGAUGCUAAUAAUGAAAUUCUGGUAACAGCUGGUGCAUACGAGGCUCUAUUUUCAACACUUCAGGGUCACACCAAUCCUGGUGAUGAGUGGAUAAUUAUUGAGCCUUUUUUUGAUUGUUAUGUACCAAUGGUUGAGUCUGCUGGGGGAAUUGCAAGAUUUAUUCCAUUGAAAUUGACAAAAUCCGAGGGUGUAUUGAGCUCAGCUGAUUGGGUGUUUGAUAAAAAAGAAAUGGAGAGUCUUUUUAAUGAUAAAACUAAAGGAAUUAUUUUGAAUACCCCGCAUAAUCCAGUGGGCAAAGUUUUUACACUAGAGGAACUCGAGUUUAUUGCUGAUUUGGCAAAAAAAUGGAAUGCUUUGGUGGUGUCUGAUGAAGUUUAUGAGUGGAUGGUAUAUGAGCCAGCGAGACAUAUCAGAAUAGCGACACUUCCUGAUAUGUAUGAGCGUACUAUUACUAUUGGAUCAGCUGGAAAAACAUUUAGCGUUACUGGAUGGAAAAUAGGAUGGGCUUAUGGUCCAGUUAAUCUCAUGAAUAAUCUUAAAGUUGUUCAUCAGAAUUGUGUUUAUACUUGUGCAACACCUAUUCAGGAAGCUGUUGCUAUGGGAUUUGAGGAGGAAUUGAAGAGAUAUGGACAGGAAAAUUGUUAUUUCCAGAGUUUAGCUCGGGAGUUGUUACCCAAGCGUGAUUACAUGGCCAAGUUUCUCUCGGAUGUUGGCAUGUCACCGACAGUACCUGAAGGUGGUUACUUCAUGAUUGCUGAUUGGAAGUCUUUAGAGAAUUAUGUUGGACUUGGUGAUGAGGUGGAUAAGUACAGGGACUACAGGUUCACCAAGUGGAUGACGAAGAAUGUUGGGGUGCAGGGAAUUCCACCGUCUGCUUUUUAUAGCGAGGGACACAAGCAUUUGGCUGAGGACAAUGUCAGGUACUGCUUUAUCAAGAAAGAUGAAAAUCUUCAAAAAGCUGCCGAUGUAUUGAUGAAAUGGAGGGCUAAACAGGCGUAAUUCAUUCCAGAUUGUUAUUUCAACCUGUAAUUUUUCACAUAUUUUUCCAUUGUUAAUAAAAAUUUUUUAUCAAUGA